AUGGGAAAGAUCGUAUUCUUUGAGGAUAAGAAUUUCCAAGGUCAUAGUUAUGAGUGCAACAGCGACUGCCCAGACCUGCACUCCUACUUCAGCCGCUGUAACUCCAUCAGGGUGGAGAGCGGCUGCUGGGUGCUGUACGAGCGCCCCAACUACAGAGGCUACCAGUACGUGCUGACCCCUGGAGAGUACCCUGACCACCAGCAGUGGAUUGGCUUCAAUGACAACAUCAGAUCCUGUCGCUCUAUUAAAAAUGUCUAUGGAAAUUCCUACAAGAUCAGGUUCUAUGACAGGCCAGAUUUAGCUGGCCAGAUGGAAGAGUGGAGCGAAAACUGCCCAUCGGUCCACGAAGCCUUCAAGUUCUGUGAAUUCCACUCUGCUGUAGUGAUGGAUGGUGCCUGGGUCUUCUAUGAGCUGCCCAACUACAGGGGUCAGCAGUACUUCCUGGAGCACGGAGAGUACCGUAACUUCACAGACUGGGGCGCCACCUCCCCUGUCGUGGGCUCCCUCCGCAGGAUCACAGAGUUCUGGAACCUUAAGACCCCUCGUGUUUUAGUUCUAGAGCCCAAAAUAAAGGAAACACCAACAUAAAGUGUCUUAAUAGGGUGUU